CGGACGCGGCUGCCCUUUUUCCCUCGUUCAGUUUUCACUCCCCUCCCCUGCCGUAAUCCUGACUUUCCCCUCUCCUUCCGGAUUUCACUUUUCUGGUAUUGUCUCUCUUCCAGCCGACCUUACGGUUUUUGGUGAGAGCCAUUGCCUAUUCUUCCCGUUGAUCGAAGGUCACUUGCGAUGGAUUCGACUUCGUCGAGCCAGGCGGAAUUCGAUUAUUUGUUUAAGUUGCUUAUGAUUGGGGACUCUGGAGUCGGUAAAAGUAGUCUGCUUCUGAGUUUCAUCUCAGAUACCUAUGAAGAUCUGUCCCCCACAAUCGGUGUUGAUUUUAAGGUCAAGUAUGUCACAGUGGGGGGUAAAAGGCUGAAGCUGGCCAUUUGGGAUACAGCCGGUCAGGAGAGAUUCAGAACACUGACUAGUUCUUACUACCGAGGGGCACAAGGCAUCAUCAUGGUUUAUGAUGUGACUCGGCGAGACACAUUUACAAAUCUAUCUGAAGUAUGGGCAAAGGAAAUAGACCUCUAUUCUACGAAUCAAGAUUGCAUCAAGAUGCUUGUGGGAAAUAAAGUUGAUAAGGAGAGUGAUAGGGUUGUGACAAAGAAAGAGGGGAUAGAUUUUGCCCGGGAAUAUGGUUGCCUAUUUAUUGAAUGCAGUGCUAAAACUAGAGUCAACGUACAGCAGUGCUUUGAAGAGCUUGUUUUGAAGAUUCUGGAUACACCUAGCCUCUUAGCGGAGGGCUCUAAAGGAGUCAAAAAGAACAUUUUUAAGGAGAAGCCACCACCGUCUGAUGCAUCCACAAGUAGUUGUUGCUGAACUGGAGGCUCUAUUCAACUCAUGUACCUCAGAGAAGAGCCUUGCAAAUAUUCUCAGAAUCAGAUAAGUAUCUCAAAUUUGAUGGAUUUUAACCAAUCGGCGUUAUUUCUCCUUUUCCAGGCUCUUGUUAUCAAUAUCAGAUGAUGUAAUAUGAUGGUGAUGGUGAUGGUGGUUUGUGGCUAUUUUGGGGACCUUUUGUUGACCACUUUGACACGUUUAAUGACCUGCA